CAGGAAGACGACUAAGGUCUCCAGUCUACUAUGGAUGAGGAGAGAGAGGAUGGGGGUUCUACCCCUAAGACCGCUCUGUCUGGGGAACAUGGCCGCCAGAGCAAAGCUAAGAGGCCAGAGCAGCAGCAGAGAGCAGAAUCCCCUGGACCCAGCUGUGUCUCCAGGAAGAGUGACUGGUUAAUGGAAAGAAUUAACUGUUUUGAACCGAAAAGAGUCCAGCCGCAAAGAGCAGACUCCCCUGGACCCAGCUGUGUCUCCAUGAAGAGUGACCACUCUAUGAAUAUACCUCCUAAAGAUGGAAAUCAGUCUAUUGAGAAGAGAAGAGUCCAGCAGCAGAGAGCAGACUCCCCUGGACCCAGCUGUGUCUCUAUGAAGAUUGACCGCUCUAUGGGUCAACCUCCUCUCCUUAAAGAUGGACGCCCCUCCAGAGAGGAGAGACAACAACAGGAGUUGUCAAAGGUUACCAGUGCUCAGUCUGUACAGCAGCAUCAAACAGAGCUGAUCAAGAGGGCUGAGGAGAACGCACACCCUUUUCAAGACAAGGAGAUGAAGAAGAGGGAGGAGGGGGAGGAGGGGGAUGGUAAGAACGAGGAGCAGAGGAGGCGCGCCACAGAGGGAGUGGUGGACAUCACAAAGCUCUGCCUGACGGAGAUGAACCAGGAGGAACUGGCCGACACAUCGUGGGGCGGGGAGCUUGGAAGGAUCCGUUCUGAAUUUGUGCAGAGAGUUUCAAUCCAAGCAAUCAAAGGUCUCCUUGAUGACCUUUGGCAGCAGAAGGUGUUCAGUACUGAGGAAAAGGACUCUGUGAUGGAGGAGCAGAGGAGCAGAGCGGACCAAGCACGUUGUCUGAUCGACAUGGUGAUCUCUAAAGGGAAGAGAUCAAGUCAGAUGAUGAUCGAUAGUAUGAAGGAGAGGGACGAACAGUUAUGCAUCAACAUGGGUCUGAUCUCUUCUUCUUCUGGUGUGGAAUCUGCUGCUGACGUGUGCCAACAAAAAAUUAAGUCUCUUUUAAAGAAGAAGUUACGUCGUGUGUUUGAGGGAAUCGCUAAAGCAGGAGAUCCAAGACCUCUGAAUGACAUCUACACAGAGCUCUUCAUCACAAAGAGAGGCAGUGGAGAGGUCAACAAGGAACAUGAGGUCAGACUGAUUGAAACGGCUUCCAGCAAACCAGCCAUGGAGGAAACACCAAUCAAAUGUGGAGACAUCUUUAGACCCUUACCUGGACAAGAUCAACCAAUCAGAACAAUAGUGACAACUGGAGUGGCCGGCAUUGGUAAAACCAUCUUAACACAUAAGUUCACUCUGGACUGGGCUGAAGACAAAGCCAACAAAGACAUAAACUUCACGUUUCUCUUAACUUUCAGAAACCUGAAUUUACUAAAAGAGAAAGAGUUUAGCUUAGUGGAACUUCUUAAUCACUUCUUUAUUGAGACCAAAGAAGCAGGAAUCUGCAGAUACGACGGGUUCAAAGUUGUCUUCAUCUUGGAUGGUCUGGAUGAGUGUCGAUUUCCUCUGGAUUUCCAGUCCACCCCGACCUUGGCUGAUAUCACAGAGUCCACCUCGUUGGGUGCGCUGCUGACAAACCUCAUCAGGGGUGACCUGCUUCCCUCCGCUCGCAUCUGGAUAACCACACGCCCUGCGGCAGCCAAUCAGAUCCCUGCUGAGUUUGUUCACAUGGUGACAGAGGUGAGAGGGUUCACCAACCAACAGAAGGAGGAUUUCUUCAGGAAGAGAUUCAUAGACGAGAAGCUGGCCAGCAAAAUCAUCUCCCACAUAAAGAAAUCACGAAGCCUCCACAUCAUGUGUCACAUCCCAGUCUUCUGUUGGAUCACUGCUACAGUUCUGGAGGACUUCUUCAAAAAAUCCCAGAUAGGAGAAGAGAUGCCCAACACCAUGACUCAGAUGUACAGCCACUUCCUGAGGGUUCAGUCCAUGCAGGAGGACAGGAAGUAUGGUCGGAAUGCUGAAUCAGAUACAGACUGGAAUUCAGAGAGCAGGGAGAUCAUUGUUUCUUUGGGAAAACUUGCUUUUAACCAGCUGGAGAAAGGCCACCUGAUAUUCUACGAGGCAGACCUGGCAGAGUGUAAAAUCGAUAUCAAAAAAGCCUCAGUAGUGAUUACCCAGAUCUUUAAAGAGGAGUUUGGGCUGUACCAGGACAAGGUGUUCUGCUUUGUCCAUCUGAGCCUCCAGGAGUUUCUGGCUGCCCUUUAUGUCUUUCGGUCCUUCAUCCACACUGGUGUCAAUCUACUCUUAGAAGAACAACCAACCUCCGGUAAAGAUCAACUCCUCCUCCUCUACCAGAGUGCUGUUGACAAGGCCUUACAGAGUGAGAACGGACACCUGGACUUGCUCCUCCGCUUCCUCCUGGGCCUCUCUCUGGAGACCAAUCAGGAAGUCCUCCGAGGUUUGCUGGGAAAGACAAGAAAUAGCUCACAGACCAACAAGGAAACCGUGUCUUACAUCAAGAAGAAGAUCCAUGGUAAAGUUUCUCUCGAGAGAAGCAUCAAUCUGUUCCACUGUCUGAAUGAGCUGAACGACCGUUCUCUAGUGGAGGAGAUCGAACAGUACCUGACAUCAGGAAGACUCUCCGGAAAAUCUCUCUCUCCUACUCAGUGGUCAGCUCUGGCCUUUAUCCUACUGACAUCAGAAGAGGAGCUGGACGUGUUUGACCUGAAGAAAUACUCUGCUUCAGAGGAGGCUUUUCUGAGGCUGUUGCCAGUGGUCAAAGCCUCCAAAACGUCUCUGCUGAAUGGCUGUCAUCUGUCAGAGAGAUGCUGUGAAGCUCUGGCCUCAGUUCUCAGCUCCAGCUCUAGUCUGAGAGAGCUGGACCUGAGUACCAAUCAUCUGCAUGAUUCUGGAGUGAAGCUGCUCUCUGCUGGACUGAGGAGUCCACACUGUACACUGGAAACUCUCAGCCUCAAUGGCUGUGAUCUGUCAGAGAGAUGUUGUGAAGCUCUGGCCUCAGUUCUCAGCUCAGACUCCUCUAGUCUGAAAAAGCUGGACAUGAGUACCAAUGAUCUGCAGGAUUCAGGAGUGAAGCUGCUCUCUGCUGGACUGGGGAGUCCACACUGUACACUGGAAACUCUCAGCUUGUCUGGCUGCCUGGUCACACAGGAAGGCUGUGCUUCUCUGGCCUCAGCUCUGAGCUCCAACCCCUCCCUUCUGAGAGUGCUGGACUUGAGCUACAAUCACCCAGGAGACUCUGGAGCUGCGCUGCUCUCUGCUGGACUGGAGGAUCCACGCUGGAGACUGGACACUCUCAGUGUGGAGCACGAUGGAGUGUGGAGGCUGAAACCAGCUCUAAAGAAGUAUGCCUGUGACCUCACACUGGACCCCAACACGGCCCACAGAGAACUCUCUCUGUCUGAGGACAACAGGAAGGUGACGCUGGUUAGAGAGGACCAGUCGUAUCCGGAUCACCCAGACAGAUUUGACUCCCAGUACCAGGUGUUGGGUAGAGAGGCUCUGACUGGCCGCUGUUACUGGGAGGUAGAGAGGGGAGGAUGGGUUGGUAUAGGAGUGACAUACAGAGGAAUCAAAAGGAGAGGAGGGGGUGGUGACAGCAGGGUUGGACAGAACAACAAGUCCUGGGUUCUUUAUUGUGAUAAUGGUCGUUACUAUGUCCGGUACAACGGUACACAGACAGCCCUCCCUCUCCCCCCCGCUGGCUCCACCAGAGUAGGAGUGUAUCUGGACCGGCCUGCUGGCUCUCUGUCCUUCUACAGAGUGUCCCCAGGUGGAGGAGGGUCCUCAGACACACUGACACACAUCCACACCUUCUGCUCCUCCUUCACCCAGGAGGACCUCCUCCCGGGGGUGGGGGUAGGGAGGUGGAGGGGGUCAGCCUCUCUGUGUCGGUUGUAGAAAAAAAAAAAGGGACCUCCUGACUGAGCAUGGCCCCUGCACACACACACACACACACACACACACACACACACACACACACACACACACACGCACACGCACACGCACACACACACACUGACUAACACACACACACACACACUGACUAACACACACACACACACACACACACACACACACACACACACACACACACACACACACACACACACACACACACACUGACUAAACCCUGUGUGUCUAUAACUUACUUGUGUGUGUGUGUGUGUGUGUGUGUGUGUGUUAGUCAGUGUGUGUGUGUGUGCGUGUGCGUGUGUGUGUGUGUGUGUGUGUGCGUGCGUGCAGGCGUUAUUCGAUUGCCUGGUAACCAUGGUUACUAAUAUUCACACUGGUUUCAAUAAUACAUUUGAUGGUAUUUCCCAUCUUUGCUGAGCAGAGAGUUUCGUUCUAAAGUUCAGUGAUUGAAACCAAUAAAAGCCCGGGCUAUGGAAGUGUUCCGGUACCACUGUCAUGCACCGACCCGAUGUCAAGUGGACCGGGUUGAAUUCACUGCGGGUCUCUCUUCUUAUAUCCAUCUCACCAAAGAUAUUUUAUUACUGUCCUUCUCAACACUCUCUGAUCUCACUAAAAGGCUGGCAGCACAACACAGCAAUAACGACGAGAUGCGCUGUGCGUAGAGAAGAAAGAAUACCCACGUUGAAUUUGCAACAUUUGGCAAAAAAUUAUUCUAAAUCUGCCCAUAUAUGGACACGCCAGAAUUGUUGCAUCUGUGGCUGCAGGUAAUUUAAUCACAAAGAAGUAUACUCUACGGGGCUAUUUUCAUCAUUAUUAUUAUUAUUUUAAUUUUUUUAGACGGCACAGCGAUCCAGGGCUAUUCCCAAAGAUCCGGGGCUAUAGCCUCGAAUGCUCGAAUGCUGUAGCCUCGGAUGGGUUCUUCAAUCUGAUUGGUAGUCACACUGGAGAUUAGUUUUCCCCCCCUUUUUCGGGGAUAAUGUUCCCCGUUUUGAUCUCGGACGUUUGGUUCACUUUUUUAUCCACACCUUGUGUCCUCAGCGUCUCUGUGAAAAUUAUAGUCUCUCUCGCUCUUGCUCUCGCUCUGAGUCUGAUGACACACGUGAACACAAACAUGCAUAUGUGAACACACACACGCGUAUAUUACCACACACACACAUGCAAGCGCACACACGCAUAUAUGAAUUAACAUAAAGACACACACAUAUAAACAUACUAUACUAUAUAGGAACCCAAACACGCAGGCACACAAACACGUGUAUGUGAACACAAACAAACACGUAUAUAUGAACACACACACGCGUGUACAUAUUAUAAACACUCAAAUAUACACGCAGACACACGCAUGCAAACGCGCGCACACAUGCACACGCCGCACGCGCAUCUAUGAACACACACUCAAGUUAUGAACACACACACUUACUCACAUAUGAACACAGACACGCACAGACUACACACACAUGUAUAUAUAAACACACACACACACACACACACUGUGUUUUGAUGAUUUAUAUUCAUGUACUCAACUAUAAUCCAAAUGCUACAUUUUCUGGGGCUUCUUAAAGUUGAUCUUGAUUAACCAUGAAAGGAAUACAUUUUUUAAAUCUUUACAAAGACUAUAUUUCUAAUGUUUCUGAUUGAUUGGUGGUAAAUUGUAACAUCUUUAUGCUACAAUAUUGUGUCUAUUUUCAGACGUUAACAGUUUCAUACUGCGGGGCUCUGAUAUCAGUUUAUAUUUGGAUAUGCCUCACAUGAUGUAAAGCAGAUUUUAUAUUAUAUUCGUAAUGCAAGCGGUCGAAAAGCUAUAGAUCAUGUUGCGAUGACUUUAAACUGAGUAUUGAUUCCUUGUGUUCUGUGGGGAAAAUCAAAGCAGCAGAACACACCUGUUUAUGAUUAGUAAUGUCUGUCUGCUGCUUCUAUUGUUUGAGUCCUUGUGUUUAUUGUGUUCAUGUAAGGGACUGUUCUUCUAUUGUUUGAGUCCUUGUGUUUAUUGUGUUCAUGUAAGGGACUGUUCUUCUAUUGUUUGAGUCCUUGUGUUUAUUGUGUUCAUGUAAGGGACUGUUCUUCUAUUGAUUGUGUCCUUGUGUUUAUUAUGUUCAUGUAAGGGACUGUUCUUCUAUUGUUUGAGUCCUUGUGUUUGUGUUCAUGUAAGGGACUGUUCUUCUAUUGUUUGAGUCCUUGUGUUUAUUGUGUUCAUGUAAGGGACUGUUCUUCUAUUGAUUGAGUCCUUGUGUUUAUUGUGUUCAUGUAAGGGACUGCUCUUCUAUUGUUUGAGUCCUUGUGUUUAUUGUGUUCAUGUAAGGGACUGUUCUUCUAUUGUUUGAGUCCUUGUGUUUAUUGUGUUCAUGUAAGGGACUGCUCUUCUAUUGUUUGAGUCCUUGUGUUUAUUGUGUUCAUGUAAGGGUCUGUUUUUCUGUUGUCCUGGUUAAUAAAGCAUAAUGGUGAUAAACAACUCAGUGGAUCCUCUGAAUGUUCUUUUGUGUUCAGCAGAGGAUCAGUUUACACUUUAAGGUCGGGGGUUCACUGAAUAAAAAGCACAACAGAGGCUUCGUCUACACAACAUUAAUAACCAGGACACCAGCAAGUGCAUUUCCACCUCAGACUCAUACGCCCGAUGAGGGACGGAGUAUGGAGAGAGUUCUAGACGCGAGCCGACAGGAAACAGCCCAGCUACUGGUGUCCCUCCAGAGACGAGCCUUGCAGGCUGGUUGAUGCACCACCUCCCCGUCUAACAGGACCCUGAGCCUCCAUGUUGAAACACACAGAGGUGUGUGUUUGAGGCGCUGAGCUGCAGAGGAGGAACCUCUUCUUCUCUGGGUGCGUGGGAGGGGGCAGUAGGAUGGACGCGUCUGAUAAAUGAGUCGAUAGUAAGAUGUGAGGCCGUUUAUCAAAGCCAUGCUUCAGUCCUGUUAUUGCGUGGGGAGCCACUAGGGGGCGGUGAAUCCACCUCGGUGGGGUUCACCUUCUGACCAACAGGACCAGGGGGAAGGAGACUGUGUGUGUGAAGUGGCAACCUAUUUGCACCUCUUGCAGGACGUUUCAGUCCUCGUGUUUUCCGUAAGGCAAUAAGCGCCAAAAAGGUAAUCCAAGAAGGAAGCGAGGCAGAUGGAAAAGGAAGAAAGCAGCGAUUUAUCCUCAGAACAUAGUGAACAAACAUUGAACCAAUAAUAAACGUUUCGUAGUAAAAUACU